AACCGUGAGUCACAACGGGCUGCUUUGUGUCCGUAGUGGCUCUCACUUAGCCAAACGUUAGCCGUAGUAGCGCUGCGGGGUCGGUCCCCUCCUCCCCGCCGCCCCCGUGUGAUCCGGUAUCAUAUGAUGCUCAUUUCUGUGGUAGCCAGGGGCAGAUUAUGACAGCUUUCCGUCUCUCUUUGUGCCUUUGUGUGUCCCCUCUCCGGAAGGUGUGGCCGAGGUGAUUCGGUUGUCGGUGGUGGUCGGACCGCAGCGGCCCGGCGUGAAGUGGACCCCCCCUCCUCACCUCUCCUCUCUCCUUCCUGAAACUGUUAUUUACCGACGAAACCAGCGGCCAAGAUGGGUCACUCGCUCUGAGUGGAGGCGCCAGACCAGCGUUGCGGGAGGAGGCGGCGGCCUUGGGCAGGUCUAUUCAGCCGGGAAUGGUGUGAGCUGAGACGGCCAGGCAGUCUGGAUCUGACCGGGGACCCGUCAUUCCCCCGGAGCCUCCGCGGCUCCAAGCCGCGUCCUGAGCCCUCCAAGAUGGGGAAGUGCGACGGCAGAUGCACGCUGCUAGUGAUAUGCUCACUGCAGUUGGUGGCAGCCCUGCAAAGGCAGGUGUUCGAUUUUCUGGGUUACCAGUGGGCUCCCAUCCUGGCCAACUUCCUGCACAUUAUGGCCGUCAUCCUGGGCAUGUUCGGCACCGUGCAGUUUCGCUUCAGAUACCUCAUCUUUUAUGCAGUAUGGCUGGUCCUUUGGGUGGGUUGGAACUCCUUCAUCAUCUGUUUCUACCUGGAGGUUGGAAACCUGUCUCAGGACAGGGACUUUCUCAUGACGUUCAACACAUCCCUCCAUCGUUCGUGGUGGAUGGAGCACGGUCCUGGUUGCCUGGUAACGCCAGUGCUAGACUCCCGCAUGGCCCCUGAUGACCACCAUGUCAUCACUGUCUCCGGGUGUCUCCUUGACUACCAGUACAUCGAGGUGUUGAGUUCAGCCAUUCAGAUCCUGUUGGCUCUCUUUGGCUUUGUAUACGCCUGCUACGUGAGCAAAGUCUUCCAGGAUGACGAGGACAGCUUUGAUUUCAUUGGUGGCUUUGACUCUUAUGGUUACCAGCCUCCUCAGAAGUCCUCUCAUCUGCAACUGCAGCCUCUUUACACGGCUGGUUAAUUGUUGGUAGCGCCCCCUUCAGGCCAAACCCUGACAGCGUCACUGUGGAUGGAAAGCGACGGUCGCCCUGAUUACACUCACUCUGUGUGUCACAGUUUACCCGAGGAAUGGACUUAACCCCACCCAGAGGGAGAGACGUCUGUGCGUGUGUGCAUGUGUGCUUGUGUCUGAGAACGAGAAAUACAGCCCUGAUUAGAAUGUACAGAGCUCAGGGAAGAACCAGCAUGCCAGGUGGUGUGAUAAGAUGAAGGAGAAGCAGGAGGCAGGGGAGGGGAGAUAUGGAGAAUAAGAAGUGGGAACACCUCUGUCAAAUCACCAAGGACACACUACACUAAACUGCCAGCUCUCAACACUCCCACAAGUGUGUGUUUGUAUGUGUGUGUGUGUGUGUGUGUGUGUGUGCGUGUGCGUGCGUGCGCGCCCGAAGUGUGUGUGUGACUGUGUUACUCCACAGGACUAGCUGGUGCUUUGUGGUUGCACCCUGGACUCAUACCACUUAGUGCCAUUGUGAAUUUUGUUGUUUGGGGUGCUUGUGUGCGUGUGUGCGUGUGUGGGUGUGUGUGUGGUGUGUGUGUGUGCGUGCGUGCGCUUGGGGUUGGGGUUGUGGGUGGGGUCACAUAAUAAAAAGAGGCACGGCUCGUACCUGUUGUCGUUUUAGAAUGUGGUGAUGUCAAACUAGAGCAGUCUUAUGAUUCCCGUUCCCAAAGCCAUCUUUCCUUCUUCCCGUGCCAUUAAAAUCACUGUUGAAAUUCAAGCUAUUUACCCAAGGAGAGAUGAAUCGAGGGCAACUGGACUUGGUAGUUGCCCUCGAUUAAACUCUUCUUGGAUAACCAUGACCUGGAUGACUGAGAGUCUUCGCAGACGUCAAGCUUUUUACAUUACAUCUCAGGCCUGGUGAGGUAAUAAAGCAGGAGUGGAAAGGCUGAACUACUUCAAAGAUCAGGCUGGUACUAUUUUAUGUAUUUUUAUUAUUAUAAAAAAUAUCCCAUGAAAAAAAACAAAACCAACAAUACUUUUUGUCCGUCUCUCAAUACUUUCCAACUUUCGCAGCUUUGUUGUGUCUCUCAGCCCCAAAUCCAUUCGUUCCUGGAGAUGUAAAUCUUAAAAAAAAAAAAAGUCACAGAAAUAUACUUUAAUUUUUUUUUUUAAAGGCUACAUAAUUUCCUAAAACAUCUGGGCACUGUAGUUGCAAGCAAUUCCACUCAAACACCAGUAAAUCGUGCAUUUGUUGGGGAUUAUUUGCAGCUGCGGAUGUGGUCCUCUACUGAGUAUUUACAGCAGCAAUACGGUGUACAUGGGAUCUUCUCAAAAUGAACUACAACGCCCGACUCCAUUGUAAUGAAAGAAGAUGUCACCCAGUGUAACAGUGUGGCUCACUGACGUGUUUAAUAGUUUUAGACAACAAUAGAGCUUAAUGACAAAAGGUAUAUCAGGCUUUAGCUACACGGACUAAAUUCAUUUGUAGGAUCACUUCAUUGCUGAUUUUUGUCUUUUCAUUUGGAUUUGUUCACAAUAAGAAAAAUAAGGAGUAGGGAUGCAGAUGGCUUUGGGAUCAGGCAUUAGUAUGUCUGGGGAGGGUAGGGUAGGGGGGGAGCAG